AUGGUGAUGUCAGUCAGAAUGGCUCCUCCUCUUCCUCUGAUUCUUCUGCUCAUGAUUCAAGUUUAUAGUGCUGAUGAUUGGGGUGUGACUUACAGCUCUUCACACAUCUGUGCACUAAAGGACUCAACAGUGACAAUAAACUGCACUUAUAAAUACCCUACUGACCAUAUCAUCACAGAAGUGUUCUGGACCAACAUUGACAGUCCUGAUCCUCCAAAUCUGUUUAAUGACUCUAAAUACAGUGAGAGGAUUCAGUAUCUGGGAGAUAAACAGCACGACUGCAGCGUCAGACUGACUGAUGUGAGACACACAGAUUCACACAAGUACUAUUUCAGAUUCAUCACUGAUAAAAAUAAAUGGAUCGGUAAACCUGGAGUGACUCUUAAUGUCACAGAUCUUCAGGUGGAGUCUGAAGGUGAGAGAGUGAACGAGGGACAUUCAGUGAAUCUGACAUGUAAAAGCAGAUGCAGUCUGACUGACACAUCAACAUUCAUCUGGUUUAGAAACACACAGACAUUAAAUGACACAAACAAGAAACUCAUCCUGCCGUCAGUUAGAAGAGAGAAUGCAGGAGACUAUAGAUGUGCUGUACAGGGACACAAUCUCACAUCACCUCCUCGACGUCUCAAUGUCAUCUAUCCUCCAGAUAAACCUGUGAUCUCCAUCAGUUCUUCUUGUGUAAUAGUGGAGGGUGAUUCAGUGAAUCUGACCUGCAGCAGUGAAUCAAAUCCACCUGUUCACAACUACAGCUGGUUUAAAGAGAAUCAAACAUCAUCUGUUGGAUCUGGACAGACGUUCAGCAUCAGUAACUUUAAUUCAAGUCUCAGUGGAUGGUUUUAUUGUGUGGCUCAGAAUGAAGUUGGAUGUCAGAGAUCAGAUGCUGUUUCACUCACUGUUAAAGGUGAGAAUCGGUGA